GGUUGUUCCCAUCGCAUCUGGGUCCGAUCUCUCUGCCCUGAGUCUCGUCUUGACUACGCCGAGCCAAAGUCUAGGUCUCCUCCUCGAUUGGGCGCCCAAGACCCUCUCAGAUUAAACCAUGGCCGAUCAUGACCAUCACCACCACCGCCAGCACCGCCCUCACCGGAUCUCAGUGCCACCGCGCACCACAACCAUGGGCGCCACCUCCUCCAGGGCCUAUCCUCUAUACUCGUACGCCUCUUCGACCCCAACCCCAACUCCAUCCAAACACCGUCUUUCCUCUUUCUCCUCCUCUGUCUCCCACAAACCCUCCUCCGGCAAAGCCUCUCUCUCGUUCCUCCUCCUCCUGUUGUUCUCUCUUCGCUCCCUCUACUCUCUCCUUCCUUUUCUGCGCUCUUCUCCUUCAUUUUCUCUCUUUCCUUUCUCUUUCCUUGUCUCUCUUCUCUCGUUUCUUCUCACUCUUGCUUUCUCUCUCCUCACCUCUUCUUCUUCCAAAGACCCUUUUCAGCAAAAACAACACCAACCCAUUUUUUCUCUUACCCAGAUCACCCAAUCUCAGCAUAAGCUUCUCGUCUCCAAAUCGGUUCUUCUAGCUGUGAUCUUUCUCCUCCGAUUUCAAGCGCUGCGGUACUGUGGCACCGCGACGACAAUUCUGGCCGAAUUGUCGGGGAAUGUUGCUGCGCGAUUCGUUGCGGAGGGAAGGAAUCGGAAUUUUGGGGUUCGGGAUCGGAGCGGAUUGCCUAAGGUUCGUGGAUUCUUUGCUCUGUUUGUGGGAUUAUUUUUGUUGUCAGUGAGUUGGUAUCGAAUUGAGUGUUUUCCGUUAUCUUCUAUGAUUGUGGAUAAAUGGGGAUUUUCAUUGUUUCCAAGAGAGAAUUGUGUCCGAGUUUUGCCAAUGUUGCUGCCAUUUCUAUCUGGGUUUCUUGGAUGUUAUGAGCGAGUUUCGAUGAACUGGGGGACUAUUAGGCAAUUGGGCAGAAAACGGGUGCGAUUGAUUUCUCUGUUUUUCACUACAGUUAUUCUUUUCGUUCCUGCUGUUGUUAGCAUUCUCAUGUUUGAAGCAGAGGGUGAUGAGUUUUCUAUUGCAAGUUUGGGUUGGCCAUUGGCAAAUACUGUUUUAUUUGGAGUGCUUUUGACUGAAAAUUACAGUGAUGAGAAGUUAGUAAGCUCUAGAGAUUUUCAGAGAGAAUUUUUGGUCACCUUUUUUUGUACUCUUGUUUUGGAGCUGUUCUACUUUCCCGAGCUUUCCCUUUGGGGAUUACUGCUCUGUGGUUUAUUACUUUAUAUAUCUGUUAGGGAAUUGGAUCCUGUUUAUUCCAACUCUCUUGAACUAGGUAUGGAUUCCUCAGAGUCAUUUACUGAUUCAAUUGUGAAGCCUAUUCGCCAUAUUUUGAGUGAAAGGAAGUCCCGUAAAAUUGCACUCUUCCUUUUGAUCAACACGGGGUACAUGGUGGUGGAAUUUGUUUCUGGGUUCAUGAGCAAUAGUCUUGGGUUGAUAUCAGAUGCAUGUCAUAUGCUGUUUGACUGUGCUGCUCUUGCAAUCGGACUAUAUGCAUCUUACAUUUCACGCUUGCCUGCUAAUAGUCAGUUUAAUUACGGUCGUGGAAGAUUUGAGGUUCUUUCUGGAUAUGUGAAUGCAGUCUUCCUGGUUCUGGUUGGUGCACUGAUUGUGCUGGAGUCAUUUGAGAGGAUUUUGGAGCCUCAGGAGAUUUCAACUAAUAGUCUGUUGACUGUUUCAAUUGGAGGGCUUCUUGUAAAUGUCGUGGGCUUGAUUUUCUUUCAUGAGGAGCAUCAUCACGCCCAUGGUGGAUCAUGUUCCCAUUCUCAUUCCCAAUCCCACUCCCAUUCUGAUCUCCACCAUCAUUCACAUGCCUGUGGUGGACAUGAUCAUACAGUUCAAGUUGGCCAUCAGGAAUGUACCUCUACUUUGCAGGACUGCCAUGAAAAGUCGUGUUCUAAUCAUGCUAAGCCACAUACUCAUCAUGAAAGCCAUGAUUCUAAUCAGAAUGGCCACUCUCACAAGUGCCAUGACCAUCAUGACCACAUUCACCAACAUGACCAUCACGACCACGUUCACCAGCAGGACCAUCACGACCACGUUCACCAACAUGACCAUCACGACCACAUUCACCAACAUGACCAUCACGACCACAUUCACCAACAUGACCAUCACGACCACGUUCACCAACAUGACCAUCACGACCACAUUCACCAACAUGACCAUCACGACCACGUUCACCAACAUGACCAUCACGACCACGUUCACCAACAGGACCAUCAUGAUCACAUUCACCGACAGAAGAAUCAUGACCACCAUCAUCAUGCUGAACAUUAUGCACACAGAAGCAUCCCUGCUAUUACUUCAAGAAAUUUGCAGAGUCACUCUCAUGAAGGUCAUGCUGGUGGAAAUUUUCAUCCUGAAGGAAGUGAUCCUCACACCCAUGCUUGCACUUUGGAUAUCACAAAUCAUUCUUGUGCAGAGAAUAGUGGUUCCCACCUGAAACCAUUGCUGUCUGACAAAGAGGAACCACAGAAGCGCAAUCACAAGCACAUCGAUCACAACAUGGAAGGCAUCUUCCUGCAUGUUCUGGCAGAUACCAUGGGAAGUGUUGGGGUUGUUAUAUCAACCCUCUUAAUUAAGUACAAAGGGUGGCAAGUUGCAGACCCUGCCUGUUCAAUAUUUAUUUCCGUCUUAAUUGUAGCUUCAGUUAUCCCAUUGCUCAGGAAUUCUGCAGAAAUUUUGCUUCAAAGGGUUCCUAGGGUACAUGAGCAUGAUCUGAAGGAUGCUCUAAAAAAUGUCAUGAAGAUAAGGGGGGUUUGUGGCAUUCAGAACCUGCAUGUAUGGAGCUUCACAAACACAGAUGUGGUGGGGACACUGCAUCUUCAUAUAUCAACAGAAGCAGACAAGGCUUCCACAAAGGUGCAGGUGUCCAAUAUUUUACAUGAUGCUGGAAUCAAGGAUUUGACAGUGCAGGUGGAAUAUGUUAAGAGUACUUAGCACAUAGUUUUCUUCUUUUUUCACUGUAUUAUAGAGAGAAAACAGCCCAUCAAUUUUGAGGACUGGCGGCUUGCCACUGAAAGUGGGUGUUGAAAUGCUGAGGUUUUAUGAAUGGUUACAAAAUUGUGGGUUUUCUGAUAUUCCUCCAUACCGUGGUUCAUGGAUUUGCAUCGGAUUGGUGACAUUCAGGUGGCUGCAUGAGAUGGUUUUAUACAGCAUCAGCACAUAGCAGAAGUAUGAUGUUUACAUUUGCUGCUUCUGGUAUCUGUAUGCAGCAUGAUGGUUUCCUCAGCUGGCCAGAUAGAGAAUUUGUAACAUGUCAAGGGCAUGCAAUCACUUAGGUAUGCGUAACUUAAUCACUUAUCAUUUGUCAGCUACAUUUGACUGUAAGAUUGUUAUUUCAUUUGCUUACUGGGGCAAAAUUAAAAGGGGAAAAGGCAAAAGGAUACAGGUUUACUUGAACAUCUCAUGUUUGAUUACAUUUGGAUGCUAUAGUAGGAUUGUACUUGGAGCAUUUGUAUUUUCUUGAGUUACUUGAUCUUGAAACAACA